GACGUAGGUAACAAACGCCUACACGGGGCUUCCCGUAGGAGGUACGAAGUACAAUCCUUAGGUACCUAAAUUAUUGUGACCUGUUCCACCAACUAAAUUCUAGACGCUGACGGAUUAUGCAAGAUAUCACUAUCGUAUACAACAUCGUGCCACAACAGGCUUACCCCUGAUUUCAAUUGGGCAAUUCCCAAGUUAUGCGCGUACGCUUUGGGGGCUGUGUAGUAUUUCCAUAAUACAGGUGUUCUUUGCGGCACAGGUAUUGCACUACGAUUAUGGCGUUACCCCUCCCCCUCUGUCACCACGAUGGCGUUACCCCUCCUCUCUCUGUCACCAGCUUCGCAGUUGUGCCCGCACAGCCCAGCUUACCCAGCUUAUUAUUAGGAAUUUGUGGUGUCGUUCAUCUUAGUAGCACCUCCAUGGCGAGGAUAUACCUUACCCAUGGACGAGUGUCCGGGGUUUUCUAAUAGUUUUUUUCGUUUAGUCCUAGUUAAUUACAACUAAGAGUUCACAGGAUCAUGGCAUCUACCUCAGAACCAUCUGAAAACGGCGGGGAUGCGACAUUGGCUGUUAGCGGAGUCGUCAUUGUACUUGCUCUUAUAUCUGUUGCUCUGCGAUUUUUCACUCGGAAGUUCACUCGAUCAGGCUUAGGAGCAGAUGACUGGCUAAUUCUAGUUGCUGCCAUCGCAACCCUUUUGACAGCUAUACUUCUCCUUUGGGGUAACAGCGUCGAUCCGGACGGCCUCUGGGUUUCGGAAAACACUGACCCAGACUACCUUUAUACAGCUGAAGACGUCUUUUACCUUAAGCUUUCAUUUGCAUCUUCCAUCCUAUAUUUCACCAUUGCAGGCGCCACCAAACUAGGAAUAUUGCUCAUGUACUACCGCAUCUUUGCCGUUAGUACCGCUUUUCGCUAUCAAUUAUUCUUAUCGGUUGCCUUGGUCAUCGGAUGGUGGGUUGGAUGCACUAUAGCUACGCUGACGAACUGUAUCCCCCUCGAAUGGAGUUGGAACAAUAGCCUGGCUGACCCGAGAUAUUGCUUCAAUUAUAAUAUUUUCUGGAUGGCAUCAGGAGCGUGUGAGAUCUUUCUUGACGUAUUGAUCUUAACAUUACCCAUCAGCGUUGUCGUGAGAAUGCGUCUAUCAGCUAGGCAGAAGGGCACCGUCUCGAUUAUUUUUCUGCUAGGCGGGUUUACUAUUGCGACGGGUCUGAUCAAGGUAAUUCUUGGCUACCCACCUAAUAGCCGCGUCCCAUCAUAUUCGAACACCGAAGUGUGGACGACUGUGCAUGCUGGCCUAGCCAUCUUAUGUGCUAGUCUACCUAUAUUCAGACCCUUGGUUAGGCGCAUUUCACAGUUGCCACUCAUCUCUAAGGCAUCAACCCUAUUUCCUGUUCGGCAGUCUUCAAAGCAACCACCCCACGUCUAUCUGGAGACGAUAUCUGAGCCAUCUACCCACCAAAAAGCGUCAACGGGGGACCGAAAUGUAGGUUCCUUACGUGAGGAUGAGGAGGGGCUUUUCUUAGAGUUAGGCCGGAUAGAAGCGGUAGAAACUAGCACUACGUCUCUAUCCGCUCAGCUAGCUAGGUUUAUCGAACACGGUGAAACGAUUAAUACGGAUCAGAAUCUACAAAUGGAAGAGGCCGUUAACCAGGUACGACAGGUAUCUGGGUACUAGGCAGUCUAUAAAGUAGUUGAUUCUAGUAGACUACUCUAAAAAAAUAAAUAAUAAUUCCUAAUAA